AGCGGCGACGUGGUAAGAAUUUGUCUACGGUAUUUUGCGAACUGGUUUGAAAUAUAUCUGUUCUUGCUAUUCUUAGAUCUUUCAAGAGAAAUAUCUGUUGUCAAGGAGUGGUAUCAAACCACUCAAGAGCUUUUACCGACUCGCCUUUUCUCAAUAUUUUCUCGCGUUUUCAGAUUUGGUUUCUAGGAGCGAUCAACUGUGAAACAUGGGGAGUGUGUUUGGCAAACUGUUCUCCGGUCUCUUCGGCAAGAAGGAGAUGAGAAUUCUCAUGGUCGGUCUUGAUGCCGCUGGGAAAACGACCAUCCUCUACAAGCUUAAACUCGGAGAAAUCGUCACAACGAUUCCAACAAUUGGUAUGUACAAAGAGAUGCUUUGGGACGCCAUGACAGUUCGCGCAAUAGCGUAAAUUUUUAUGGAUAAGUGGAUUCUGGUAUUUGAGAUAUUCGUAAACUUAAUUUCAUAGGUUUUAACGUGGAAACAGUAGAAUACAAGAACAUAAGCUUUACAGUUUGGGACGUUGGCGGCCAAGACAAGAUCAGACCUCUUUGGCGACACUACUUUCAAAAUACACAAGGUACCGUACAUUUGCCGGUUCGAAAUGUUGUGCAAUAUCGUCAUCAAGCAGUUUCUUGCGUUGAUCUUUGGUUCAUUGUUCGUAUGAAAUGUUCUAGUUAUCGAUCUCUAUUUUGCUUUCCUCUUGUUAGGUCUAAUAUUUGUUGUGGAUAGCAAUGAUCGUGAGCGAGUUGGCGAAGCAAGAGACGAAUUGAACAGGAUGUUGGGUGAAGAUGAACUUAGAGAUGCUACUCUUCUUGUCUUUGCGAACAAACAGGUACCUUGAGCGACCUUUCGUAGCCGUGCUUUUUUCUUGCGCUCCUGUUUAUUAUUGUCAUCUUAAAUUUACGAGGCCCAUGAUCUUAUGAGAAACUAGGCUGUGGUAUUUGUGACAGUUCACCCCUCCUACUGUGCCAUAAUGGAGUUUUCUUGCUCUUUUUAAUUUACUUUCUUACACUGUCGAAGUAAAAAAGUGAUUUGAAUUUAAGGAUUCGUAUAGAGUUUGGAGUUCUUGGAUAAGUACCGAUAUCAGCAAACAAAGACAUGGAAAGAACUCUGGAGUUGAUUUCAUUCAGAUAUAAGAUAAGAACUGUCGUGACCAAUUUUUUCUCAGGCGUGGUGUUUAGUUUAACCUUGAACUCGUAAUUUCCUCUUCCUUCUUGCUAUCCGUGACAUUCUGCAUAUCCGCGUAAGAUUCCACAAUACAUUUUAUAAAUCAUCUCGCAAGGUCUUGUUAUUCAUUUCUCCUGUUGUUCAACUUAAUUUAUUUUUUCUUUACAGGAUUUGCCCAAUGCGAUGCAAGCAGCCGAAAUUACGGACAAGCUGGGUUUACACGGCUUGAGAAAUCGUACAUGGUACAUCCAAGCUACAUGUGCAACAAGUGGAGAUGGUCUUUAUGAAGGACUUGACUGGCUAUCAGCCCAACUUAAAAAGAAAGAUUAAUACUGAUGAACUUGAAGACAUGGCAUACAUAGUGUAUUAAAAUAACAUUCUAAUUUGAUCAGACAAUUUCCCAUUUUAUUUUCAUAGAUCACUUGAAAUUUCCUCUAGUUCGUUUUAUAUUGAUGUUACUGCAGUGAAGCAGGUCUUGUUGAAAGUUUCACUUUACCUUAUCAGUUACCUUUUUCUUUUUCCAAGAUGUUUAUCCUCAGAUUGCUAUUAUUCUCAAAGAAAACCUGAUCAGAUCUGUGAUACCUAGAAAUUUCUGAAGAUGUUUUCUACAAAUGCAAAGACUUGAAAACUUUUGAGGAUGCCCUUUACAGGGUUGAUGCAAAGGUGAACUGGUGCUGUUUACUUUCUAGCACUAACGUUAUUUACAAUCAUUUGUAUGAUUUUAUCUCCUUUGAUACUGAUUUAAGUUUAUAUCAUGAGAGACAUUUUCAGUAAUGUAAAAAACUACCUUGAUUUUUUUCUGCCAGGCAUUCGGAUUUGGGUACUCAGGCAUGUUGGUGUGAAAUCAAGUUUUUCAAUCCACAGGUGUGAGAAUCAUAUUAUUGGCGUGAGAAGAGGCAGGGAUACUAAUGAGUGAAUGUUUGUGGAACAAAUACCAAAUUAUUGUUCAGUUAGUUUUUACUUCAAAGGUGAAGAAUGGUAAACAUGCAUUUAUACACUGUUUGAAACCUCAAGUUUAUCCCUCAAAACCUUAUACUUAUAGGGUUCGUUCUUUGAAAUACCUUUUGUUUUAGGAAAAUAGUGUUAACCCUGUAACUCCCAAGAUCUGAUUGUUAAUUCUCACUUUCAGCUGCCACACAUUUCCUUGUAAAUUAGUUGCAAGAAUUUUGAUUUUAGUAAGUUAUCCUUAAGCUGUGCUUCUCAAUAUUUUUUCUUUUGACUUUGUGAGAGAAUUUUGUGGUUAAACAAGAGAACACUGUCUAGUCGCUAAGUUACUGUCUAUUUUCACCUGUGAGCUGGAUAAUGCUGAUCAUGAAUAUUACAAAGAGGAUCCAGAUUUCAUUCACUUCUGGGAAUCAUCCUUUUUAGUGCCAAGGCCCCAAUAUCUUUUACCUUUACUAUCUGCUAGAAAUUUCUUGUUAGUUCUUAGAACUUGUCGUUCCAUAAAACAGCAUCCCCAAUUGAUACUAAAGGAUUCUUCAUUAAUUUGCAAGUAACGUGAGCCAAGUCUCUAGGAUUCAUGAAUACUUUCCUGGACUUUCAAAGUUAUGGUGAUAAUUCAUAAAUGAUUCUUGUCUGUCAUUAAACAACAGCAGACAUUUUAACAAUCCAUUUGUAACACUAAAUUUGUUUUUUAAUGUAAAGACCAUAAGAGUCGUAGUUUGAGUACAAUUAAAGAAGCACUUAACUUU